AUGGAUGUCAAGCUCCUACGUUCUUUGGAUGAUCCCAAACGUGAUAAGCCUAUAUGGUUUGCUGAAUCAGAGACUGUGGCCCGAGCCAUGGUGACAAGUAUUAGUCGGCUUAUCAAAACGAGAGGUCAAGCUGAUAUCAAGACAGAGCAAAUUCAUCGUGUCCUUGGCAGUCUCUUUGAAUAUCGGUUGGAUUGGUCGAAAGAGUCGCUCAGCUAUUUCCCAGAAGCUGUCAGGAGUUUUUACACUGAUCCACAAUCACACAACCAAAAGAUCAAGGUGCGCCCCACCAUCAACCCUGCUGCUUUACGCCAACAAGUGAUCAACAACAAAGCCUUAACGAGUUAUCUACUACAAGGAUCGCCUGAGCACGAAUCGAUCAUGGUCUCGUACUUUUCAGUCGCUGAAAACCAAGCUAGUCUCCUUUGUGUCUUAUGGAUCAUUGCAGUGAUGCAGGGAUCGAUGGAUGUUUUCCACAUGCCAUCCGUGCGAAAGCUGCUUUUGCUUGUAGCCCCCGCUCGUGUCGAUACGCAUGCUGUGGAUUUGAUCGAUUUUAUUCUUAGUGUGGAUUAUGGUCAAAAUCGCCCUGAUUUGCCUUUGAAAUUACUCGACGCCAUGAUUUGGAAAUAUCAACUUGUCAAUUUCACCAAUAUCAUUUCAGCACUUGGAAAGGGCAGUGGCUCACCUGAUCGCACGUCGAAAGCUUCCCGAUUUAUUCAAUAUCUCUUGCUUGAGUCACCUGAAUUCGCCAAUCGAGUAACAAAGUGGACAUCAUUGGGAUUCAGCCGACGUUAUUGGACCGAAGAGGAUUUCCAUCACAAGCUUAUGCAGUACUUGAAUGAAUAUCCUGAAUACCACGAGUAUGAAGCGUUUGCAAUGGCACAAAAGCAAGGACAAAUACCUGCAUUGGAUCCACCUCUACAACCACAAAUGCCCGUGUAUUUCACGAAUAUCGUCAGCGACUUUGUACCCUUCUUGGAGGUGCUCAUUUCACGUUUGGUCGAGUAUGCCCAGGUUGACUUGUUGAUUGCUAUCAUGGAUCGAUACGGCCAUUUGUUCUACUACCACAACGCACCAUUGUCAUUUGUAAGCAACUUAUUGCUUUACUACUUCCCGAAUGAUACGCUUGCCGAUCCUCGUGUGUGCAAAAGGGUUGUGCGACUGCUAGACUUUGAACAGUAUGAUCUCGCCCCUGAAGUAAUAGCAUAUUGCCAACAAGACGACCUUGAUGCCAAAGCAUUUGACGCAGGCUAUUUCGAAAGGGUGAUUAGCAAACUUGCUGAUAACUUGGAUACCCAAAAGUGUGCUCCUCGACACAAUCCCAACCUACCUGAACGGCAAUUUCGAGAGAUCGGUAGUCCUGCAGUGUUGGGCAUUUCAAUUGCCAUGUUGGAAAUCAUGGUCACACCCAUUCCUCCUUCCACUGUUGUCAAGUACAUUUUGGAUAUGGUGCUUUUACGUGGUUCUCGACAAACGGGUGUAUCCGCAUUGACCAUUCAUGCAACCGGUCUUUUGAUAUCCUCUCUUCCAUCUGAUCAUUUUGUUCGACCCGUUUUGGAUGAGCUUAAUAACCUCGUUGUGAGCAAUCCUUAUCUUCUUGAGAUAUCCGAACCUACUCGACUGAUACGAUGUGGUAUGCCCAAACAAACCAAUGGCAAAUAUUUCAUGUCCCAAUCAUUCCCUGAUCUCACAAGCACUGCCGCGUUGAGAGAUACCAUGAGCUCCCGCUUAAGCAAAGCAGUGGUUUUUCCUUACAUCUUCAACGACUAUACCUUCAAUUUGCACAACUACAGCACCAAUGCACCCAAUUGCUUCCUCACGCUUUUCCACAGCCUGCUUCAUUAUUCAAGUCUCGAUGCAUUCCGCGUGCUAUUGGAAUACUUGCGUACCUUACGUAAUUCACCGGACAAGCUUAAAACGGAUGUACAAUUGCUCUAUGUAUGUUUUCUACUUGGACCCGCCCUUCAUCGAAUCGAAAAGCUGGACAAUAACAACACCGAUGCUGAGUUUCUGAUGGAGUUAAUGCACAUGGUGAAGCACGUGACGACGCUUAUGGAUUUGAAAGAAGGAUGGUCAACACAAGCUUUGGAGCAAGUCUUUGAUUUUCUAUAUCAUAUUCGAGCAAGAUUCUGCAAGUCACCUGACCUUGCCAACCAACUACGUGAAAUCAUCAAAUCCAUGAAUCCUCCCAUCAACCAACGACUUAUUCGACUAGUAAUGUAG